AAAUUUCGUAGGAAAAGGAGUGCACUUUCAGUCUCAAAUAAAUUUCCUGCCGGGGGCCCCUUAUUGUUAAUCUAGAUAUGUGACAGUCGGGGAAAACAUUGUACCUAUGUUUAAUAUCUGUCAUUUGUCACCCAUGGAGUAACUGACCAAUUAGGAUGCAAGAUUUUUGACUCCAUGGCCAAACUCCAAGAGGUCAAUUUGAAGGACUACGGGAUUUCUACGACGCUCGGCUUUCUCCUCAGCAGACCAUUAGAAAAACUUCCUGCAUACUUCGAGUCUUGGAAUUCGCUAGCAUUAGAGGCGCCAAUUCUAGCGAGCCGUGACAAAACACUACGGGAAAGAGUACAUACGCUGCCUUUGUUAGACCAUGAACGCCUCACCACGUAUCGUGAACUACGGUUAGCCCACCUCAUAUUGUGCGCCAUCGCUACCGGAUACAUAUGGCAGGAAGGAGACCAAGGAGUUCCGAAUGUGUUGCCCCGGACCCUGGCUGUGCCGUGGUGUGGAGUUUCCAAGCGGCUCGGUCUUCAACCAGUGAUAAAUCACGCCACAUUCUGUCUGGCAAACGUCAAAAUCAAAGACCCUGAAAGGCCCGUCGACUUGUCUAACUUGAAGUGUGUUUACGAGGUGGUGCCCGGGGGUAGACAGGCGGAGUGGUUCAUUAUCGUCACCGCCAUGAUAGAGCACGACUUCUCUCCCGCCAUUACGAUGAUCGUGGAAGCCAUUUCCGCUGCAGACAAGGAUGACGUCAUCAUGUACAAGAAAUCAAUGGCGGGAAUCAGAGAUGUGGUCAAUAAAAUGAAGAAUACAUUCUCUAAAAUGCAUGAUGAAUUAGACGCAGACGUCUUUUAUAAUGUUCUGCGCCCGUAUCUGAACGGAUGGGGAGGGAAUGGAUCGUCCCUCCCGGAAGGUUUGAUCUAUGAGGGAGCCUCAGAGGAACCUCAAAAGAUGAUCGGGGGUAGUGCUGCACAGAGCAGCUCCCUACAGCUAGUGGACGCUGCCCUGGGGGUCGAGCACGAUAAAGAUAUUGAGGAGUUUUUGAACAAAAUGCGUUCCUACAUGCCGCCUAAACACGCCGAGUUUAUAGAGUUGAUUUCCAGAGAGACCAAUCUCAGACAGUACGCAGCAGACAAUCGCGGAGGGGACAUCAAAAUCUCUUACAAUGAAGUUGUGCAGGCAGUCAUUAACUUCCGGUCUUACCAUAUACAAAUCGUCACCAAGUACAUCAUCAUAACGUCAAACAAGGAAACAAGAAGCCGAGACUACGAGUCCGUGUCCAAGAAAGGCACCGGGGGAUCUAGUUUGAUUCCAUUUUUGAAGUGUAUACGUGAAGCUACAGUUAGAACCCUCAUAGACUGAAGGUGGUAUUAUUCCUGCAAAAUGGACUCCUAGCAGCACAUCCAUAUAUGUGUAUAGAAAUUCCAUUCAGAAGGCCAAUCUCAACACGGGAUCAAAGAAAAUGUUACUAAAUUUGUAUUGGCUUUUUCUAAAAUAAAAGAGUAUAUCAAAUA